GUUUAACCGACCUCUGUCAUUACAGGUGAGAGAUCAUAAAUCAGCGGGUUGUGGCAGUGCAGAGUAAAUGUGAAGCAACUACAAUCUGUUCAAACACUUAAUUCUAUUUCACCUGUUUUCUGUUUAAAUAGCUUGAUCAUCACUGGCAGUUCUGCCCCCCAAAACAACUGAAACAAAGGCGGAGAAUUUGAGAUUUCCAUCGAAGAGUAGUUAUCAACAAUGGCUUCAGCUGACCAGGAAAAGCAAGCUCAAGCAAUGGAAAACUUAGAAGGAUUUCCGCCGCUUAGCCCUCUCUCACAAAUCAUGCACUCCUUGACCAUCAUCGUGGUCGCAGGAUUCGACGUGCCGUUCGACAAGUCUCAGACCGUGGAGCUGCUUAAAGCCAUGCACACCACGUCUGAUCCUCGUCUUUUCUCCGUCAUUGUAACGGACCGAAAGGGUGUUCAUCGGUGGAAGAAAGUUACUCAAGUAGCUUACGAAGACCACAUCUUCGUAGCUUCGUUUCCGGAAGGACUAUCCAUGGAGGACUACGACAAACAUUUCAAGGACUACUUGACCAAAGUAUCUGUGACUCCAUUCUCGGACAAUCUUCCCCCAUGGGAGGUCCAUGCGAUCAUGUAUCCAACCAGCAAUGGCGCAGGGUCUCUGGUGUUCAAGUUCAGUCACGCGCUGGGAGAUGGUUACUCGUCGUUGGGUUCGAUCAUGACGCUCUGCAGACGGGAGGACGACCCAUCGCUUCCCAUUACGUUCCCUUCUUCCACUUCCAAAGCAGGAAGGAAGAACAGCUGGUCAAGGAGUGCUUCGGUGUUGAUCUCCUGGUUCAUUAACACAGUACGAGAUUCUGCUGUGAGCACGUUGCAGGGGACGUUUCUGCGAGAUGAUAAGACGCCGAUCCGAUCGGGGACGCCGCCGGUAGGGCUCCAGCCCAUGGAAAUCUCACCUGUCUCAUUUUCUCUUGAUUGCAUCAAACGAAUUAGGUCCAAGCUUGGAGCAACUGUGAAUGAUGUGGUGAUUGGGAUAUUAUCAUACGCCAUACAACUGUACAUUCAAAGGAUGGAUUUUAUUUCUAGUGGGGCACGCGUAACGGCAUUGAUUCCUUUAAACAUGAGAAUGCUGAAUGGAUAUCAAGACAUUGGGGAUAUGUUGAAAGCUAAUUUAUGGGGAAAUCGAUUUGGUUUGUUGAGCAUAUCACUCCCUUCAUUCAGUGAUGAAGAAAAAGUUGAUCCCCUCCACUUCAUUACCAGCUCAAGGGACAACAUCAGAAAGAAGAAGAACUCCGCUGCUGUUCAUUUCUCCAGUGGAUUGCUUACAAUGCUCAACAACGUUCUGGGCCCAAAGGCUUUAGCUGGAUUUAUCAAAUCUAGUUUCAGAAACACAAGCACAACAAUCUCUACAGUGGUUGGUCCGACCCACAAAAUAUCACUUGAAAAUCAUCCAGUCAAAAGAUGCUACUUCACAGUGGUCGGUGCUCCUCAGGAUGUUGUGUUUACUAUAGCAAGUUACAUGGAAGAACUUUGCAUAGUUGCAACAGCGGAAAAGUCAUUUAUCGACUCUAAUGUGCUGAUUUCUUGCGUGAAAAAAGCCUUCGAGGACAUUUAUCAAGCAGCUUGUGGGAUUAAUAAAGUAGAGUUGAAGUGAAGAUUCGCUGUCUUUCUACAUGAAGUAUCUAUUUUGUUUGAGUGUGAUUUUUCUUUGUUAGCUUGUAAAAGGUUACUAAGUUAUUGUAUUAACCCCAAACUCAUGGUACUACAAUAUAAAUAAAGAGGAAAAAUGACUUCUUCUUCUUA